AUGUCAGGACAAAGGGAUGUCCCUCAGGUGAGCCGCAGGAUAAGUGAGGUUCUGCCCGACGAUCCCCAGGACGGUUCUAGCAGUGAGGAUGACUACAACAAGAAGAUAGAAGUUGUUUUCGACAAUGAGGUCGCCCGUCGUCGAAAAUCCUCCACUGUGCUUGCGGAAACUCCUGAAAUCGAGAAGCCGAAAAGGAUCCAAGCCGAGCGCACCAAAUCCCAGUGCUUGGUCCACAAGCUGGUCGAGAAAAGCUCGCUAACUCAGUCCAAAGUCGAAUCAAAGCUCGAACAGAUCGACGAAUUAGAGCCUGCAUCGAAGCUGGACGCCAAUGGACAGGCCUUGAGUAAAGAGGAGGCCCGUGCGACCGAGUCGCGCCUGCUCACAAAGAAACAACUGAGUGAUAUGGCCAUGAGUGUAAGGACAAUGGCGAAGAGGUUGGGCAAUCUAAAGGUCAAACUGAGGGUCCGAGCCAUCUUCCUGCUCACCAAGAUUUAUGACAAGACAUUGAUUGUCAAAACGAAAGAGGUGACGAGGUGGUUACUUUCCAAGGAUAGGUCCGUGCCUUACAUUGUGUAUGUCGAGGACAGCCUGAAAGAUAACCCGGCAUUCGAUGCUGAGGGCAUUUGUGCGGAAGACCCGUCCUUUCGCGAGCGUUUGAGGUAUUGGGACGCCGAGCUAGCUCGGAGGCAUCCCCAUACCUUUGACUUUGUGGUAACACUGGGGGGAGACGGGACAGUCCUUUAUGCGAGUUGGCUGUUUCAAAGAGUGGUACCACCUGUUCUAUCCUUUGCACUGGGCUCUCUGGGAUUCCUCACGAAAUUCGACUUUGAAAACUAUCAACACAUACUCUCACAGGCUCUCAAGGACGGAGUGACAAUCAGUUUGAGAUUGCGAUUCGAAGGCACUGUGAUGCGGACCCAUAAGCGAGUCGACGACGCAGAAAAUCGAGACAUCGUGGAAGAACUGAUCGGAGAGGAAGCCGAUGAUCGAAAUACCCACAGACCAGACCGGACGUUUGAGAUCCUGAACGACAUUGUGGUUGACAGGGGUCCAAACCCGACAAUGUCGACCAUUGAACUUUUCGGAGAUGAAGAACACCUUACGACUGUGCAAGCAGACGGGAUCUGUGUAGCCACUCCCACGGGAUCCACUGCCUACAAUCUUGCUGCUGGAGGCUCCCUGUGUCAUCCCGAGAAUCCUGUUAUUCUCGUCACCGCAAUCUGCGCCCAUACCUUAUCAUUCAGACCGAUCAUUCUUCCUGACACCAUUGUUCUUCGACUGGGGGUUCCCUUUGAUGCACGGUCAAACUCGUGGGCAAGUUUUGACGGGCGGGAGAGAAUUGAGCUAUUUCCAGGCGAUUAUGUGACCAUCUCGGCCUCUAGGUAUCCGUUUGCUAACGUCAUGCCGCCUGGGCGCCGAAGCGAAGAUUGGGUCAAUAGCAUUUCAAGGACUCUACAGUGGAACUCCAGACAACGACAAAAGGCGUUUCAUGAAUGGGACGGUGACGGGACGAUAAACGAGGCACGCACCAAGAAAUGA